GCGCCAUAAAAUUACAGGAAAUCUCUAUACCUUGUAAAGUAUUUGCCCUAAAGUAUUUGCAGUGUUAGCAAAGUUCCAAGUACUCCAAACCAGCUCUAUUAACCCACAAAAAGCAAACCCACUUUUCACUUGGUAAGCCCCUCUCCCUCUCUCAUUCACCAUUAAUUUCCAAACGCUGUCCAUUGGCUUGGCUUAACCCUAAACCCUAGAAGAAACAAAGGAUGGGGAGAGGGAAGAUUGCGAUUCGAAGGAUCGAUAAUUCAGCAAGUAGGCAAGUGACCUUUUCAAAGAGAAGAAAGGGUUUGAUCAAGAAGGCCAAAGAGCUGGCUAUCCUAUGUGAUGCUGAAGUUGGCCUUGUCAUCUUCUCCAGCAGUGGGAAGCUCUAUGAAUUUGCAAGCACCAGCAUGAAAUCAGUUAUUGAAAGAUACAACACCUUGAAAGAGGAACACCAACAGUUGUCGAAUCCAUCAUCAGAAGUCAAGUUUUGGCAAAGAGAGGCUGCAAUCUUGAAACAACAACUGCAGAAUUUGCAGGACAACCAUCGGCAACUCAUGGGUGAACAGCUUUAUGGUUUGAGAGUUGAAGACCUGCAGAAUCUAGAGAACCAACUGGAGAUGAGCUUGAAAGGUGUUCGCAUGAAAAAGGAACGGAUAUUAACCAAUGAAAUAGAAGAAUUAAACCGAAGGGGGAACCUUAUUCACCAGGAGAAUGUGGAACUCUUCAAGAAGGUAAACCUUAUCCGCAAAGAAAACAUGGAAUUACACAAGAAGGUUUAUGGAACAAGGUAUGAAAAUGGAAAUGCUGUGAGUUCAUAUGUAUUUGACAGUGGAGAGGGUUCAAAUGUCCCUAUUCAUCUUCAACUAAGCCAACCUGAGAGAUAUAAGGAUUGAAGGAUAACAAGAAAGAAUGCAGUGAUGAGUUAAGAGACAUGUUACUUCAGUUCAUCCCCAGCAAAACCCAUGUCUGUGAAGAUAUCUACAUAAAAGAUCGUCAGUAGAAUGACGAAUCUGAAAUUGAUUGUGGCAUUAUUUAUAAUAGAACCACUAUAAUUUAUUGGAGAACCAGGACGCAAAAUAUUAAUUACAAUAUGCUGUUUACACGAAAGUAUCAUUGUCAAUGAGAUGCAGGCUCUCUUUGCUUCUUCA